AAGAAAACCAAACUUCAACGCCGUAUCGACGGAAAGAAACGCAUUUGGAUAUUUCAUAUUCCCCUCCGGCGGCGACGGCGGCGGCGGAGGCAGUCAGUGUCAGAGCUAGAUGGGACAGCGUGCAUCCACCGAGGAAACUCGUAUGCAGGAUCGGGCCAGGGCUUGCAUGGGCACGUACAUGGACCUUGGAAAGCACAUCGACCAAGCCAACGAAUGGGCCGACGUCUUUGCCAGGGCCAAGUUGUGCCCGACACCAAAGACAUGCCAACUGCGCUUCCGCAUCAUCCUCAACGAACGAAUUGCCACGGAACUGAUACCGUUCAUGUGGAAACUGGACGGCAACGUGAUGAUAGAAGUCCGCAAAUUUCGACGGCGGCAUCCCCCAGACGACUCGGAUGCGCACAUUUCGAGCAACACAAUUGGUGCCGCCAAGUGCCUGACCUUGUACCAAUUCUACUUUAUUUAUUGCUUCUUGUCGGACGUGAACGCUUGCGCGAUGCAUUCCGUGGCCAUGAAUCCUCUGUUUGGCAGUGACAAGACAUUUGACGACAGAGAGUGCCAGAUCUGCAUGGACGCGGACAAGGAAGUUGUCUUGCCAUGCUCGCACAGCUUUUGCCUGCGCUGCUUUCAAACUUGGAGCUCGCAAAACCAGACGUGCCCUAUCUGCCGCAGCCAACUGCACUGCGCCGAAGGCGAAGAGCUGUGGCACUUAUCGUCAUCGCGAGGCAUCCAGAACCUGACGUCGUACGCGCAAGAUUUGGUGUCUCGCAUCUACGAGUUCCUCGACAAGCAGGCCGUGAGUCGAUUCACGGACGAGUAUGUCCAUGACUCGAACGUGCGAUACACGAUGUGGCGCAUGGAAAGCAUUCAAAGCGAGCUGGAGCAGCCGCAGGACACGUCGCCAAUUCCCGGUCGUCAUGGCAUUCCCGAGCCAUCUCGCAAUGCCGAUGCCCUGCAUCCCGACUACAUAUUUGCGCUGGCAUUGGCCAACGGCGAGGACCAAGAGCUCGCGCUGGAGGAGUGCCGAAGGCAUGUCCACUUCCCCACACUCACGUACACGUCGUCGUUGUCGCGUCCAUCGUCUCUGGUCGAGUUUGUGUCGGAGCGAAGCAGUAGUUGAACGAUGUAAUGUCAUGUGUGUUACACGGA